AUGAACGAAACAUCCCUGGCGCUGAAAGCAACGGCGGCGAGCACUACUACUGGACCAUCAGGCUCGCUGCAAGAUUCUCACCGCACAGCCAGCAGUAGACACGCGCAGGUCCAGGCUCAGGCGCAGGCUCAGGCGCAGGCUCAGGCUCAGGCUCAGGCUCAGGCCCAAACUCAUCAGACUCCACGCGCUCCCAACCCGGCGAAAAAGGUCACGGCGAACGAAAAGGAUGAGCUGCACUUGGCCAUAAGCGCUCAGGUUGUAGCAGAGGCGGCUGUCAAGGCUUCUGCGGCAGCGAGCACCUCUCCUCCGAGCUCGCCAACGAUAAUGCAAAGCUCCAAGCCGGCCACUCGACCAGAUCGCGGACCUAUAAUGGCGCAUCGCACCGCCUCCAUCGAUUCCACUGUAUCGUCCAUAUCCUCAGCAUCGACAUCGCAAAGACCCAAUCAAGUAAACGCGCUUCGCGUCGCGCAAGACAACCAAGGACCACAAGAUGCACCUGCGCUCAUCGCUGCGGCAGGCUCCGCAGAAGAGGCCCUGAAGAAAGUGUUGGCAGAGAAGCAGCAGGCGGCUAACCAUAAUGCGCAGCUAUGGCGCUUAGUCGAGAAGCAGAGAGCCAUGAUCUUGGGGCUGAACAAAGAUUUGGAGAAAUCUUUAAAGGAAAAAGAGAGAUACAGGCGGAAGCUAAAAGAGUCGCUCCAGAGCUCGACUUCUGCGCCGACGCUGAUAACAUCAACGGAUCAGAUACUGAGAGGCGACUCGAGGGAAACGAGCCUGUCGCCGUCACAACUGGUGCCGGGCUCAGAGGCGGCCGCCCGAGACAUUAGUGUAGAUACCCGAAAGACCAGCGACACGUCAGGCUCCUUGCCGAGCGGUUUUGGACGCUCAGAUACCCCUCAGGACGCGACGAAUGCGCCCUCAUCAGGCUUGCCUGCAACGCCGCAUCCGAAGGCGAGCCAGCGUGCAGGGCACCAGAAGAAUGCAUCCACUUCCUCCUUCCAGACGAGCCCGCCUCCUUCCGCGCAUAGCUUCUCGAGCCCCAAGACGAGGAAGGCACCUCCCGCGCCGCUAAAGCUGGACCCACCCAGACCCGAGCCGAGCAUGAUCAAUAACAUUGUCGAUGCAUCCGACUCGGAAUAUGAGGAUGAUCCGGAAAGCGCGCGGUCGGAGUACAUGGAGCGUGGACGUAGAAAGACGCGCGAGGAAGACGACCGCGAGCGAGAGGUCUUGGCGCAACGAGAGGCAGAGCAGCGGAGUCGCUCCAAGAAGGAAAAGAAAAGCAAGAGUCGGCCGGCGGAGCAGAAGACGGACACGUACGAGGCCGCCGCUGUAUCACAGUUCGCAGUGGCGGAGCUGCCUGCGCCGGACGCCGCCCAUCCUCAACCCUCCAUCUUUUCUCCUACCGCCAACCCGGCUGAAAUCGCACGCAAUCGCGCCGUUUCAGAUGCUGCAAACGCGAACGCCAUGCCGCGCACCCUCACAGCGCCGUCUGCCUUACUCAGUCCUGGCUUGCCCAUGAGUCCGCGGCCAGGUGACCGACCACUCAAUUCGCCCAUGCCACGUGCGGCGGCGACUGCAUCUGCAGCAAACUCAAUGCCCAUGUCUCCGAGAUCUGGCAUGGGCCGCAUGGCAGGUCUACCCCUGUCACCGCGACAGCCAAGACAAGCUAUCCCACUACCUCCACAGACACCCAUGGCCAUGAUGUCGCCUCACCUGGACCGAGCCAAGGCAUACAACGUUCAGCAACAAGCCACGUCACAAGCUCAGCCAACAUCUUAUACAGUCGAGCGACUGAAGCCGACAAACGAUGCGAGUAGUUCCGAUCACGAGCGACCAUCGAUGUCGAGCGACCAUUCAUCUGCCUACACUCCUAGUGAGGUCUACAAAGGCCUCGCCACGGAACAGUACCCAGAUCUACUAUUGCCUCCCAAUGCGCUGCCGUCGAUUAUGAUCAGGACGGCUUCCUCGCGCAUGAUCCGCUCGCGUGCUAGCAUGAUACUGCCGCUCAAGCAAGGCGACGAGAACCCUGUGCUUACGAUUGGAGUAUAUGCCCGAUCGGACAAUAAGGAGCUGUGGCGUGUGGAGAAGACUUAUGCAGCACUUGCCGGUCUGGACCACGAAAUAAAGUCACUGUGUCGGGUGCACGAUCGUCUCCCCGAGAAGGCUCUCUUCACAGGCCACGCACCUGCCAAGAUUGAUGCUCGCAGGACGGCACUCAACCAUUACUUUGAGAAAAUGCUUGACUCGGUGAUAGAAGAAAAGGCGGCUCGAAUUGUAUGCAGAUUCUUGUCGACUGAUGCUUUUGGCGCGGAAAGUGGCGACCAUUUCAAUGCUAGAAAUGAGGACUCGACCAGGCCAGAUACGCCAGUUACGCCAGCCUCAAAGUUCCGACCGAACAUGGCAGGCUACUUGACCAAGCGCGGGAAGAAUUUUGGUGGUUGGAAGGCACGAUAUUUCGUUUUGGAUGGGCCAAAUCUGAAAUACUUUGAAGGUCCUGGUGGAGCUCAUCUCGGAUCGAUCAAGCUCCAAAAUGCGCAGAUUGGAAAGCAAUCUGUUAACCAUAAUCAGAGCUCGCAUGAGGACGAGGACAACCAAUUCCGCCAUGCAUUCCUGGUUCUUGAGCCAAAGAAGAAAGACUCCACCAGCCUCGUCCGACAUGUGCUUUGUGCGGAGAGCGAUGAUGAGCGCGACUUGUGGGUGGAUGCCUUGCUCCAUUAUGUUGACUUCAAAGACGAAGAAGAAUCUCAGCAACCUGGCAGGCAGGCACAAAUUUUCAAGACCGAGAUCAGCCUACCACGUAGUCCGCGGUUGCAAAAGUCAAUGAACGAUCUCCGGCCAGGGAGCAGCAAAGACGUCACAAUGGACUCACUCCGAGCAGUGGGAUAUGGCGACACCGUCGCCGGUGAUGCUCCUGUCAUGGGACCUCCAGCGACGCCAAGAGUUACUCAAACCCCAUCGCCUCCAUACGACAAGCUCACAAGCGGUGCUGACCCUACGAAUGCCUCUCACCCUCUCAUUUCUGGCCCGACCAACUUACAGGUCAUUCAGAACACGGGCGACUGGGGCAUGAAGGUGCCGCCGACUCCCGGGCGGGACAAGAAGCGCAGCAUGUUUCAGAUACCUUUCACCAGAGGCCGUUCUUCAUCUGAUCUGGAUUCAAAAGACUCUGCAAAGACGUCUACGGAUCGAGGAUAUGCUAGAGCUGUGUUCGGAGUGCCGCUUGCGGAGGCUGUGGAGUUCUCGCGUCCAGACGGCGUUGAUACUGAUUUGCCGUCAGUCGUCUAUCGAUGCAUUCAGUACCUCACGGCCAAGAAUGCAAUUGCCGAGGAGGGCAUUUUUCGACUUUCGGGCUCUAACACCGUGAUCAGAGCGCUCAAGGAUCGAUUCAAUAACGAGGGAGACGUCGAUCUGCUCAGCGAGGAAAAUUACUACGACGUUCACGCGGUGGCAAGUCUUUUAAAGCUGUACCUGCGAGAGCUGCCCGCCAGCAUUCUUACCCGGGAUUUACAUCUGGACUUCCUGCACUGCUUAGAGAUGCAUGGCGACGAGAAGAUUCCUGCGCUGAACUCUCUGGUCAACAAGCUGCCAACAGCGAAUCGCGCGCUUUUGAAAGCCAUGUCUUCCUUCAUGCUUUUGAUUGUGAACAAUGUUAAUGUCAACCGGAUGAAUGUUCGCAACCUUGGCGUUGUCUUUUCGCCCACGCUGAACCUGCCAGGGCCACUCAUCUCGCUUUUCGUUGAAGAGCAAGCACGCAUAUUUGAUGCCACACCGCCUGCUGCCGAUUCGCCAUCCUCGGUGUAUGAGACUCAGCCGCCUGAGAUGUCAUCAGGAGACCUGCGCUCUCCACGAAAGCAAAUGUUCCAAGACCUCCCGACGCCUGCAUACAACCAGACUCAUCUACAAUACCACAGGAAUGGGCGCGCCGACUCCGCGCGAUAUCAAGCAACGACGACGUGA